AUGCGCACGCUGCAGGACACGUACCUGCUGGAGCCUGCGGGCUCGCACGGCGUCUGGGGGCUAGAUGAUUACCAUUUCCUGCCCUUUGUGUUUGGGGCUGCACAACUGAUUGAUCACAAGUACAUGAAACCCAAGUCGAUCCACAACCCGGAUAUCUUGGAGAACUUCUCGAAGGAGUACAUGUACCUGGCGUGCGUCAUGUAUGUGAAAAAAGUGAAGAAGGGGCCCUUUGCGGAGCAUUCACCGAUGUUGGAUGAUAUCAGCGCGGUGCCGAACUGGAAGAAGGUGAACAGUGGGCUGCUCAAGAUGUACAAGGCUGAAGUGCUUGAGAAGGUGCCCAUCAUGCAGCAUUUCCUCUUUGGCUCACUUAUCAAAUGGUAUGGAUCCUGA